UCACUGGUAAGGUCGGAAACAGUUUAGUUAGCCGCAUUUAUUUCAGAAGCGUUUUGUGGGAAUUAACGUCGUUGAAUGUGAUAUGAGCGCAAUAAACAUGCUUCGUUUUGAACUGCUGGUAAUUAAUGUUCUGAUCAUGAUCACAUGGAUCUCAUUUGUCUCUCCUGAAAAAAAGAUUGUGGACAUUCAAACAGGUUAUGAUCCUGGCUCGUGUACCAAGAAGGAACGUGGUUUGUUAAAAUUGAUCAAAGAUCGUUCAAAUAAUGAUAAACUGUUAAUUUGCGCUGAACGAAAUGGAGUUUAUGCCUGGAAAACAACGGACGGUUCCAGUCCCUCUGGCGAAUAUUUUAACCUCGGCUACGACUGCACGGAUAUUCUGAAUAAGAAUUUUGAGUCUCUAAAUGGAUUUUAUUGGAUAAAUUUGAAUCGAGGUGCUCCCAAGAGGGUCUAUUGUGACAUGACAACAGAUGGAGGGGGAUUUGCGCUUGUUGGUAAACUCAACAGUUCUGUAACAUGGAAAGUUCCGUCUAAAAACACAACAGUUGUUCCAUUUGGUGAAUCUCAGUGGUCGAGUGAUCUCGGUGACGCUCAAGUUCUUGAUUUCAGAAUACAAAUAUCCACAACAGAAAACCUAGCUAAAGCAAAUGCUCACUGGUCCUACAGACUGCGAAAUACCCGUCCUCUUAAAAAUAUCAUGAUUGUUAAUCAGGGGGGUUGUGGAGCAACAUCACCAGGCAUUGGUGAUAUCGCUUAUGUCAAAGAUCUCCGGACUGAGAAAAUUGUCACGACAAAAUUUCGCUGCUCACAGUUUGGACUACAUCAACACUUUUUUCUGAAAAUUGGAUGGGUUGGUAUUUAA